UUUUAUUUUACAAAUAAAAAUUGGUGUUUGAAGUUUCAUCUGUGAUUGUUAUUUACAAUUUCACGGAAAAGUGAUAGAUAGUAAUUACUUUGUGAUAGAAACAUUAUUUAAACUUUUGUUAAUAAAAAUUUGAUAUCAGAGUGAGAUUGAUAAAAUAAUGGAUUCUCCGGAUAUUUUUGCUUCUCAAGAAACAAAAGAGCCAUGUUCACCAGCUAAACCGAAAAAUACUCUCAGCGACGAUUAUGAGAAUUUGCAGGAACAAUUAAUUGCUAACUUCCAAAAACCCAACUUACCCAAUGUUAAUGUUCCAGAGAGGAUUAUUAUAUGCCUGGAUGUUUGCUACGAAGAUAAAAAUUCUAUCUUUAGGCUUAAUGAUGGUACCACAUAUACACGUAUUAACAUGUUAAAAAGAGUUUUGGAUUUUUUUAUCUACUCUAAGCAAGCAAUAAAUAAAAAGACAGAAUUUGCUUUGCUUGUAUUAAAAGAUUCAGAGCCGUCCUUUGUACUUAAGUUUACGAAUAAUGUAAAAGACAUAUUAAAUGCUGUUGAUUAUGUAAACAAUGAAGAUAGUACAUCUGAAAGAUUUGAUUUUCAGAAAAUCUUUGAGUUAUUGAAACAAGAGGUUGAAAUUCCAGAGUACAAGCAGUCUGAAAGCAUAUUACCACCACCUUAUGUUGUACGUAUGAUAGUUCUGUAUGCCCGUUCAAGCUGUGUUCCCGUAAUUCCCCAAAAAUAUGACUAUUUUAAUUUUCUCAAGAAACAUUUGUAUUUCUAUAUAGACAUUUUGUUAGUGCAUGAGGAAGAAUGUGCUAACCACAAAUGUGAGGAAGUUUAUGAUGCCCUUCAAGAUUUGGAUAAUGGUUAUUCUUAUGUAUUUGAAGUGUCAAGAAAUGCAACUAAAAUACAUGAUUGUAUAGUUAAAUUACUGGCCCACCCUCUACAAAGACCCUUACAGAAAAAUAGUGAUUAUUCUUUUUGUUCUAAGUAUUAACUAAACUUUGUGUACAGGUUUUUACUAUCAUCAUUCUGAGCCAGUUGUCUUACUGUUGACUGCAGGUUUGCACUCUAAUAGCAGAGAGGAAUUCAAAUGUUGAACCCUUCACUAACCUUAUGCAGAUUGGCUAGAUUUAACUUUGAUUAAUAUCACAUGUUAUUAUUAAUAACCAGAACCAAUAGAAUAACAAGGUGUCUAAGUACUUCAGAAAAACUAAACAUAGGAUCCAGUGAUACCUAGUAAACAUGUGAACUCCUUGCCCAAGUAGCGAGUCAUUUAUGGUUAUUAUUAAAACAUUAUUAUCAUCAAUGUGUCAUGCUUACUAUAAUUAUAAGUCUAUACAAUUAAAUAUUUACUAUAAACA